CUUCUCUUUCCACGGGAGGAGUUUGUUGCUGGGCCGAGUGUGUGGGUGCAGCGUUGGACAGAGGGACGGCGCAACCCGGGCGCUGGGAUGGGUGCCUGCCUGGUUUGGGGCAGAUAUUGGGGAUUGCGUGGGGCCACCAGGGCCAUCCCCGCCAGGAAGCAGCCAACAGGCCUGCCCUGCCGAGUGCAGAGGGAACAUUUAGCAAGGCAGGUCCUGGCUUUGGCUCCGCGUGGCAACCCCCUUCUGUUUCCUAAUUAGCAGAGUGCAGAGCAGAUUCUCUUUGCGGGUGGUGCUGCAACUUUGCACAGGAUCACCUGGCGCUGGGAGUUGUCCCCCGGCUGCCCACAGCUGCCCUGUGCUGCACAGGGAUGAUUGGCUCAGAGGGAGCAAAGCAGCAGCUACGUGAUGCAGGUGAAUGUGUGGAGGGCUCUGUGCACCUGCUGGGAGCCCUGGCAGCACUGCAGGCGGGAGGCAGCUCAGCCCUUCCUCGCCCAAUGGACGAAGGAUGUUUUGCAGCACCCAGGGGCUCCGACACCCAAAUCUCAGUGCUUUCUGUGGUGGCUACGGGAAAGGCUCCAGCCCACAGGGGUUUUGUUCUGUAGGAAUAAACCAAAUCCCUCAUGGCCUUCUCAGUGAGUUGUGCUGAGUGCUUCGUGGCUUGCACUGAUGACUCACCAUGGAAGGUCUGUGUCCCUCCUCCCCCCCCAGCUUUGGUUCUCCAGCAAGAGCAAACAAUUGCCAAAAGCUUGCGCACUGUGAGGGCCCUAAUCCCUUUCCCCUUGUGUCUCUUUCAUCUCCAGUCAAACCAGGAAAGUGGUACUAGACCUUCCUUACCCAGUUAAAUGUAGAGGCUGCUCCUCCAAGGCACGUCUCGGUUCAGCCGUAGCCUUUGGUUUCCCCACCACAGCAGCAUGGUGCCUCCGGGGAAAAAGCCGGCUGGGGAAACUUCCAAUUCCAAUAAAAAGUGUAAGCGCUAUUUCAAUGAGCACUGGAAGGAAGAAUUUACCUGGCUGGAGUUUGACUAUGAGAGGAAACUCAUGUUUUGCAUAGAGUGUCGGCAGGCGCUGGUGAAGAACAAACACGGGAAAGCAGAGAACGCCUUCACCGUGGGCACGGACAACUUCCAGCGGCACGCGCUGCUGCGGCACGUCACCUCGGGCGCGCACCGCCAGGCGCUGGCCGUCAAUCGGGAGCAGCUGCCCUGCGAGGCCCGCGGGCACACGGGGCUGCGCUCGGUGCUGAAGGUGGAGGUGAACCCGGCCAAGGUGGCCGUCCUCACCACGGUGUAUUGGAUGGCCAAGGAGGAGAUCCUGGACGAGAAGUGCUCCUCGCUGCUGGACCUGCAGAAGUUCAACCUGUGCCAGGCGCUGCUCGCCUCCGAGCACAGCGAGCGCUACCGCGCCGGCAGCCUCCGGGACAUGCAGGCAGCGAUGGCCAAGGUCUUGCACAACGAGGACCGGCACCGCAUCAAGGCCUCGCCGUUUGUCGGGCUGGUGGUGGAUGAGACGGUGGACGCAAUGGAGCACCGCAGCCUGGCCGUGUUCAGCACCACCGUGUCCCCCUGCAGCGGGCAGACCUCUGCCACCUUCCUGGGCAGCUUUGAGCUGCCGGCCGGUGAGGCCGCCACGGUGACGGGCAAAGUGGGUGAGGUGCUGCGCGCCUUCGGCAUCCCGGCCGUGAAGCUCACCUGGCUGAGUGCCCACAGCGCAUCGCUGGGGGCUGAGCGGCGCAGCGGGGCCGGCACUGCGCUCAGCUCGCUCUGCCCGCUGCUCACCGAGAUGCACUGCCUGUCCCACGGCAGCUCCCUGCUGCCCACCCUCAGCAGCCUCAGCAUCGAGUACCUCCAGAAGUACGAGACCACGGUGGACGCCAUCUACAGGCUCUACUCCAGCCCCACGGGGGAAAGCGGCGGGCUGCAGGAGCUGUGGAGCGUUCUGGACCUCUGUGAGAUUGACCUCGGCAGCCCCAGGGCCAUCUGCUGGACUUCCAUCUUCCCAGCCGUGGAGGCCAUCGACUCCUCGUGGCCCACGCUGGUGCUGCUGCUGGAAAGUGAGGCGGAGCGGUCGCCCGUGGCCCUCGGCCUCUGCCAGGAGCUCAAGAAGUUCCACUUCGUGGCCUUCACCAAGAUCCUGCUGGACGUCCUCCCCAUCUUCCAGAAGCUCAGCCGCUUCUUCCAGAUCGAGGACUUCGACCUCUCCAUCCUGAAGCCCAUCGUCUCCGCCACGGCCACCACCCUGCAGGCUCAGAAGGGCUCCAGUGGCCAGAACCUGCAGGAGUUCCUCAACGCCAUGACUGAGCACCCGCAGGGCGAGCGGGAGGGCGAGAGCCGGCUCUACUACAAGGGUGUGCAGUUGGCCAACUGCUCCCCAGGGCACCUGCGGCACUUCGAGCACCUGAAGGACUCCUACCUGGAGAGCGUGCGGGGCAGCCUGCUGGACAGGUUCCCCAGCGGCGUCCUGGAGGCCGUCAGCUCCUUCUCGGCCAUCUUCAACCCCAAGUGCUACCCCCAGACUCUGGAGGACAUUGGCGCCUAUGGGGUCAGCGAGCUGAACUUCCUCCUGCAGGCGUAUUCCCAGGUGGUGGUCAGCGAGAGGGCCCUGAGCGACUUCCCCCUCUUCAAGCGGAUCGUCUUCAGCCUCAGCCAGCUGUCCUUCAGGGACCUCUGCGUCAAGCUGGUCUACAGCAGCUCCGAGAUGCACGAGCUCUUCCCGGACUUCGCCGUCCUCGCAGCCAUCGCCUUGGCCUUACCGCUGGGUUCGGUGCUCGCCAAGAAGAUCAGCCGGGGCCGGGAGCUGCUGAAGCGCGGCCAGUCGCGCUGCACCAAGGACGAGGGGCUCUCCAACCUCAUGAAGAUCGCCAUCGACGGGCCGGCCAUCGACGAGUUUGACUUUGCGUUGGCCAUUGAGUACUAUGAGAGCAUGAGGGAGUCCGGCUUCAUCAAGACACAGGUGAAGUGACUGGUGGGCAGCGGAUGCAGAGCCCUGCGGGCAGGAGCCAGUCUUACAGCAGCCCCAAGCAUCACCACCAGCCGUCAUCGUCACAGAGGUGCCAGCCACCAUUGGUACCAGAUGCUGGUCCCACUGCCGCCCCUUCCUUCAUCCCCUAAAUUCACAUCUGGGUCGCAGGGGUUACAGUCUGGGUGGUUCCUGUUGGUGUCACCGUGGCUCGCAUCCCACCACGCUGUCAGGGCUUUCUGGGGUUUUGGCUUUUGUUUUAUGAUUGGAGGUGAAAGCAAAUCUUCUCUUGAGCUCACGUUGCCUUUGCACAAUACCUGGCAGCUUAUCCAUAAUACUCUGCAAAAAUAUCUGAUUUUUGAUAUUUUGGAGCCUUGAGAAGGAAUGCAGGAAGGCAGUGCAUCCCUGCAUGAAGCCCCGCAGUGCCCGGCGCUGCCUCGUAGGUGUCCUCACCCACAGCACACCACGUUUCAACAGCAGCAUCGAGUCCUGAUCAUUUCAAAAGCAACGACGUCGAGAUUGAUAUUGUGAUCGCCGGGGAAACAGUGACUUUUAAAUGCAUCAUUGUGUAUAUACGUGAAUGUAGAUAUAUAUAAAUAUAUAUAUAAAUAUAUAUAUUAAAAGAUCCACCUUUUGUAU